AUGGAAGUUUUGCAAGAGUCAAUUCUCAAGCUACAACAGAUCUUCACUGAGAAAAUGGAUGAAUACCAGAGUGAGCUUCAAGCUGCGUGCCCAUCACCCAACAUCAACAGUUUGAAGAGUGAUUUUUCUGCUUUCCGCUCCUUCAUUUUUACUGCUCUUCAAGCACUUCAGCAACAAGUUGGUCUCCUUGCACAGCAAGUUGAUAAUAUAGAAAUGCGAAGCAGGCGAAAAGUGCUGCUGUGUCACGGACUGCCUGAGCUGAAAGGCGAGGAUACCUCAGCUGUGAUAACGAGUAUCAUUGUUGACCGGUUAAAAGUCGCCGAUUUCUCUGUCGAAAGCAUCAGCAAAUGUCAUCGUAUGGGGCGUGUGUCUGGCGAAGCCGGUGGAUAG